AUGAUGGAGUUGCUGUACGGGCCGACCAAGCCGCUUGAGGUUCCCCCGGCACAGCCACGUGACUUGGCGGAGUCCAGAAGGCUGUGCGAGACGAUGACGACUGUGGUUGCUGACAGAGUGAGGGAGGCGAUCGACCUUAUUGAGUUGACUGCCCACCGUCUGGUGGAACAAAUAACCGCAGAGCCGGAAGAGCGGUGGGUGCGAGCCUAUCCGUUCGGUUCCUGCGGUUUGGGUGCCUCCGUUGCAGAUAGCGAUCUCGAUAUGUAUGGUGAGUCAUUUUCCAACCCCUCUCUAAUCCCCUCACUUAUUUUAACGCGUUCCACACCACACUUCCCUUCUCUUGUAAAGCUACCGCCUCUCUCGCCCUCUCUCUUUUUAUUUAUUUUCUAUUUAUCAGUGUUUGAACAACUUAAAAAAAAAAAAAUCUGCUUUUCUUUCCUUUUUUUUUUUUUAUAUUCCGUGCCGGUCGUUUUCAAUUAA